UUUACGCUGAAGUAAGGUGGAGAGUUGAGGACCACCCAAUUGUAUUGUAUUUCCAUGUUUGUCCAUCUCCCUGUUCAUCAAGAAAAAAAAAUGGUUGAGUUGGGGCCGGUGAUUCUUCCCACAAAAAUUCCCAUUUAUCUAACUCCAGAACGGCUUGGGAAUUGAUCAUCUUUCCAAGAUAAAGUGGGAUCUGGGGUUUCUUCCUUCCCAGAUUCCACAUGCGUUCAUUUGGUCCAUAGGCUUCGAAGCAUUACAAUGUUAGCAACUUGCCGAGGGACCAAUGGUCCCAGAAUUGCAUAAACUGGACAAUAAUACAUAUCAUAUGGAAGACUCGGGGACAGAAAAACAUAUCAAAAUGCAGAAAGUGUCAAAAGAAACAAGGGUUCAUACUGAGUCACAGAGCUUUAAUUGUGGAUCCACUUGUAGAUUUUCACGACCAGAAACACUCAGGUUACAAACCGAACAUCAGAUGAAGCCAGCAAGAAAACUUCAUGGUCUCAUUGGUUUCGGUCUAAUUUUAAUAGUUGUAGAGCUUGUAGGAGGAAUCAAGGCCAACAGCCUUGCCGUUGUCAGUGACGCUGUGCAUUUGCUGAUUGAUGUUGCUGGAUUCUCUAUUUCACUUGUUGCAAUAUGGGCCUCAUCAUGGGAGGCAACACCACAUCAGUCUUUUGGUUUCUUUCGCCUUGAAGUUUUGGGAGCACUCUUGUCCAUACAGCUCAUUUGGCUGAUUGCUGGGGUCUUAAUAUAUGAGGCCAUUAUGAGAAUUCUACACAGAAAUAUGCCGGUUAAUGGGGAACUCAUGUUUAUGGUUGCAACAUUUAGUUUUAUUGUGAACUUAGCAAUGAUCAUGUGGCUUGGUCACGAUCAUACUCAUUAUGCCUGUGGAAGCAAGGCCCGUGGAAGGGAAGAUGUUGAAACAGCAGCUGGAGGGGAGAAGGCUAAUCUCAUUACAAGUCUUCCAGGUGAAAAUCAAAGUGAUGAUGAACAUAGCCAAGUUCAUAAUUGUAGCCAUGAUAAAAUGGACAGCAAGGUUCUUGAGGAAGCUGAAACAUAUACAAGCCAUAUAAACCUAAAUCUUCAAGGUGCUUACUUGCAUAUAUUGGGGGACCUGAUUCAGUCUAUUGGUGUGAUGAUUGGUGGUGCCAUCAUAUGGGCCAAACCUGAAUGGUUGGUAGUUGAUCUAGUCUGUACUAUUGUCUUCUGUAUGCUAGUCCUGUAUACUACUGCAAGCAUACUUAGAAAUGUAGUAAACAUAUUGAUGGAGAGCACACCAGAUGGAAUUAAUGUUGAUUCUCUUGAAACUGGUCUCAAAUGUAUAGAAGGAGUCCACAAUAUCCAUGAUCUCCAUCUUUGGUCCAUAUCAAUGGGAAAAAAUUGUUUGAUUUGCCAUGUAAUAGCCGAGCCGGGUGCCAGCUCAAAUGAAAUACUUCUCAGGAUUAGAGACUACUGUGAAAGGACAUACGGAAUCAAUCAUGUAACCAUACAGAUUGAACAGGAAUAAGUAUUCCAAGAAUCAUGUUUAGUUCUCUCU